ACUUAAACGCGACCCAUUCGCCCAUGUGACGUCUCUGACCUUCUGGCGGGGUAAAAACCAGGAUUUUAACUCAGAUUAAUACAUGCCGAGCAGGUGACAAUGCUUGUUGUGAGGAAAGCUGUGCAGAUGGCGGUGAGGAAGCACCUCUCCAGGUCAUUUUCUGCCUCCCGGACUCAUCUACAGGAGAGAAAAGGUCUGGUCCUGGGAGUGUUUGAGAAGGAGGCAGAGGAGGGAGGUCUUCAUCUGACAGAGGCUGCAGCCAGGUUUGAUCAGUCUCUGUCCGGAAAGCUCUCAGAUCUGCUGAAAAUUGCUGCACCUGUUCUCAAGAAAGGCAAAAGCAGGAUAUUCUAUGGAAUUCACCAGGACUUCCCUUGUGUGGCAGUAGUCGGGUUGGGCAAGGACAAUGAAGGCGUUUGUGGGGCUGAAAACUGGGACACCAAGAAGGAGAACAUCAGACACGCUGUGUCAGUUGGCUGUAAGAUUCUUCAGGAGCUGGAGGUGAAUCACGUUGAGGUGGACGACUGCGGUGACGCCAAGUCGGCUGCAGAAGGCGCUGUUCUGGGAUUGUUUUGCUACGACCAACUAAAGUCCAAGAAGAAAACCAGAGUAACCACACAGUUGCAUGGAAGCGCUGAUGUGGACGACUGGAAGCAAGGUGUCGUUUAUGCAGAAGGUCAGAACCUAGCCCGCUUUCUCAUGGAGGCUCCAGCCAAUCACAUCACUCCGACUGCUUUCGCCAACACCAUUGAAGAGAAAGUCGCUCCAUACGCUGACCGAGUUACCGUGAAUAAACGACCAAAGGCUUGGAUUGAGGAGCAACAGAUGGGAGCCUUUCUCAGCGUGACGAGGGGUUCAGAGGAGCCCCCUGUCUUCCUGGAGCUGUACUACAACGGCUGCCCUGACAAGAAGCAGCUACCAUUGAUGCUGGUGGGCAAAGGCAUCACAUUUGACAGCGGUGGCAUCUCUCUGAAGCCAUCUCAGUCCAUGGACGCGAUGCGAGCCGAUAUGGGUGGAGCUGCCACUGUUUGCGCCUCCAUCGUCACAGCAGCAGCUCUGAAACUCCCGGUGAACAUAAUCGGUCUGGCCCCAUUGUGUGAGAACAUGCCCAGUGGAAAGGCCACCAAACCUGGUGAUGUUGUCACAGCCAAGAACGGGAAAACAGUCCAGGUGGAUAAUACAGACGCAGAGGGCAGACUGGUCCUCGCUGAUGCUCUCUGUUAUGGACAUACAUUUAACCCCAGAGCUAUUGUCAAUGUUGCUACGCUAACUGGUGCCAUGGAUGUAGCUCUGGGCUCAGCAGCAACAGGAGUGUUUACAAAUUCGGAUUGGCUCUGGGAGCAGCUGCACAAGGCCAGUGUUGUGACAGGUGACAGAGUUUGGAGGAUGCCUCUGUUCCAACAUUACUCCAAGCAGGUUACUGACUGCCAGCUAGCCGACCUCAACAACGUCGGCAAGUACAGCCGUUCUGGUGGCGCGUGCACAGCAGCUGCUUUCCUCAAGGAGUUCGUCACAGCUCCUCACUGGGCUCAUCUGGACAUUGCUGGUGUGAUGAGUAACAAAGACGAAGUUCCCUACCUGAGGAAAGGCAUGUCUGGAAGGCCGACACGUACACUGGUGGAGUUUGCUGCUGGGUUGGCCCACAGUGGCUGAGAGAUGGAGAAAAAAUCUAGCAAAGUGCAAAGCUUCCUCAGUUGGUGAUCAAAGAUCUUCCAACAUGGAUAAGAGUCAAAGUUUAUGCUGAGUAUAAGAUACAUAGAUUAACUAUUACUGCCAACUGUUAGCAAUAUGCAGUGCUGUGAAACGGCAUUUGCCUUUUCUCACACCUAAUUGUUUCAGAUCAUCAAAUACCAUCAACUUACCCCAUGUAAAAAUAUAAUUAAAGUAUAAUUGCUUUGCUGCUCCAGCUAUCAGUCUGUGACCUUAUGCUCAAGGGGACCUGAGUGAUCCUGCAGGACAUCUAUCCAGAACAUAUCUGAAUGGCUUAGAAAAAGCAAAUGAAGGUUUUGGAGUGACAUAUUCAAAGUCUGUACUUAAAUCAGAUAUAAACAUUGUGAUACGAUGUUAAACAGCCUCUAAUGUGGCUAAAUUAAAACUACUGCAAUGAAUAGUGAUCCAAAUCUCCCCUUCAGCAAUGUAAAAAACUAGCCCUUGAUGGCAGUUGCUGCUUCUAAAGGUGGGGCAACCAGUUAUUAGGUUUAAUAAUUGGGCAAAUACUUUUUCAUAUAGGGCCAGGUUGGUUUGGAUAGCCUUUUCUCCUAAAUAAAUAAAAUCUUCAUUCAUAAACAGCA